GCAGCUUCGUCAAAAGAAGUACUGACUCAAGAAGUUGUAUGCUGCAUGAUGUUUCUCCUUGGUCCAUCGGUUUGCAGUCAAAACGUAAAAUGAGAGAGCAGGGCUCGUGUUCCACCUCGGGAGAACAGGCUUGUUUAUUGAUUCGAGAACUCUUUCCUUAUUCUUAUUGCAAGAGAGAACCUCAACCUCCGAGCCGAGUUUUCAUCUUUACCUUCCGAGAGCUCGAGAUACUCAAUCUGUCAAGCAGUUUCAAUCGUUUUCUCUUCAACGCCAUCUACGUACCCACAGCAGGUCCCACCGUACGAAGAUAGCAUUUUCUCUUCACCUUCAGAGCCAUCUACGUACAAGCCUUUCCCCGUACGACCCGCAUCCUAUUUACUAGUUCAUCUAGUAUCUUCUUCGUCUUUCAUUGUUUCUGUACUUCUUGGUCUACUUUAUUUUAGACUACAUAUACGUAUAUUACCACCAGAUGAAAUUUGUCGUUUUGUCAUUAUUUUGAUUCUUUUUACUACUAGCAUCUUCUUUCAUUCUUCAACAAACAUGGACGACACCUCGAACAACGUCACCAGGAGACGAGCAUCGGGAACUUCAACUUCCCACAAGGGUCUAGAGCAUCUUCGAAAAACGAGACGCGACGCGCUUCUAGGUGAUGGCACAACUGACCAGACUGGUCGUUCCAGUUUCUACAGACGUCUCUACUUGACGCUAGCGUAUUUUGCGGUCGUCCUGUGUGUAAUGGGCGUUGCUGUCAAACGUUUGGCUAAUCAAUACGGAUUUACGAAGCCGACUAUUUCGCCAUUGAUUUUUUGAAAAUUAUUUUUCAGCUUGACGUUGACUAUCAACAGAUGCAGCAGAUUCUUGUUUUCACUUUUUUAAGAUCACGAAGUUAAAAGUUAUGUUGAUCAACGUGGUCGCCGUCGCGACGGCUAGUUUUGACACCACUGCGCAAUUAUUUGUUUCGACAAAGAUUCCUACCCAUGAGCAUGAAUCAUACAUCGAUCUCGAGGACGCGAGAGUUAUCGCGAGGGUAGUUGUUGUCGUGCUCGUUCGCCAGACUUCAUCGAUCUGUGUUGUCAUUUCGCUCGACGUAGGCAUCUUCUUCACCGACUCGUGCUUUAGAAAGUAUCCACUCUGUUAACGCAAGAAUCGAUACAGUACAGAUUUUGUUUUUGUUUUGGAACAAUGAUUUGACUUGUAUCUUCACAAGAUGAAGAAAUUAAUGUCUUCAAUAUCGUGGUCGAUUCCACCGAGCAGUUGGGGUGACCCAACAGGAAAAAUAGCAUGGAAGAGACCCACCUCCAAGUCCAAGAAAAGUGCUGUCUGUGGCCGCGACAACGAUAUAGGCAAGGGAGGUUCUUCGAUAGUACGAGCUCCAAGUACAAGGGAAAAGGCCAUUGUGGGUAGUGAUGGAAGAACCACAACAACUACGAGGACUAGUAAAUCCACUUCCACGGGUGGUGUCGCAGCUUCUAGUAGGCUGUCUGGAAAACCCGUAGGUGGAGCCCUGGGAGGGGACAUAGACAAUCCAGAACAGCUCUUUGAGGAUCCUGUUACAGAGUACGACGGUGCUGCGGAUGAAGACUAUGACGGAGGCGGUGUAUUGCUUGUUUCACAAGAAGAUCUAUCAACUACAAAUACGCUACUGAGCACUGAGCAGGGCUCGGACUGCGCCAGUUGCAGGGCACCCUCCACGCGUCUUGCACGCGCAACCAGCACGCAGCUUCAGGAGCAAAAUUUUAGGGAAGGGUCUACACCUUGUCCGCCUCGUCGCAUAUUGAAAUGGAAGGCUGCUCUUCCGCCGGCGACGUGCAGGCAUCCAAGAGUGUAUCUUGACCUGGAAGAGCAUCAAAGUCACGAUGUCGAUCUACUUCCGAAGAUUCAAGAGCAGGUACUAGGAGAACAUCAAGAACAUGAACACCUAGUAGAGGAACAAAUCGUGGAUUUUCACUGUGACAUUGUGUCGGUGACAUGGCACCGCACUGAGGGGCAAUUGCAAAUUGAGUUCAGCGCAGUUGGUGAAGCGAGCGCCGAUCUUGGUGCUGAUGUUGUUGACGUCCAGUUAGGGAAACCUAUGAAGGCUGCUCGCGUAAUUACGCCCUUUGCCGAAUUGCGUCCGAUCUCGUUCUUGCAGCAUAGCUAUCGGAAAUGUGAGAUUCGACAGCAGGACUCCAAAGAUGGCGAUGAUAUGAGCGAGGGCGUGAGCAGCAGUUUCUUUGAAGAUGUCUCACCACGACCACGCUCAAAUGAAGGUGAAGAACAUCAUCCGCCACCUCCGAGCGAACAAGCUCGAAGUGGAGGUGGGAGCGUCGCUGAUGCAGCGGCAUCGCCACCCUGUGACGAAGGCAAGGAGCGCUCAUCAUCUACGAGUCCAGCAGGUACAAGAACAACCCCGAUUCGUGUUCUGCCACCAGGCACACCACUCGCAGCGUCUAAUGCAAAUACCACGACGAGAAGAACAUCAACCGCUUCAACAGCAGCACCCUCUUCAACAAGUAGAUCAUCUUCCACUUCUCCUCAAUAUCAUAUUAAUCUUCACGUGGUACGUCGACGCGAAGUGAUUGAGGGCACACUGCGUUUCGCUCUUUCAGAGUCGCAGGUGCAUGAAGAAGGAAGAGCAUCACGCGGCCAGGAGCUUUUUCUCUUCGAAUUCGCUCCGGGGUGGACACUUCUGCCGCUGGAUUCGUAUUUGCAACUCGGCCGCUCGCGAAGAAGUAGCAGCAAAGAGAGCAGGAGCAAAACAUCCACUCCGUCGCAAGCGCUGCCUGCUAUCUUCAGAAACACCUCGUUGUCAUCGUCAAGGGCAUCAGCUAUGUCGGGAACUGGCACUAGGCUUAUCAACACUGACCCGCAUUGUUCAUCUACGCUUCACGCACCACCACAGCAACAACACAUCACCACUUUGCAACUGAUGGACGAUACUGUAAGAUUCCGUGUUAUCGAUGCACACUGGGUAACGGCCGCUUCAAUGAGUGGAGGUUAUAAUGAGCAGCUAAUGGAGCUACGAAUAACCUGCUGCACUAUGAUCAAACAAGACGAACACCUACAAAAAGCCAACGUGGCUCGCAGAAGAGAACAGGAGUUCUUGGAUGAAAAAAUCGAUUUGCACCGAGAGUUGUUAUUGAAGGGGUGCAGAUUGCUCAUUUUGCAACAAGAACUUCCUAACUACAACAGCUCUGGAGCUGUUGGUAAAUCCUCGUCAGAGCACUCCACUUCAUCGGACAUCAAACAAGACGCCUUACCUCUCCUUUCACUCGACGCCACUGAAGUACGCACUCACGCUUUAGAGCUAGAAGAUGUCUUCAACAAAACCAUUCCAACGAGGACCUUUUUGCACCAAAUGCAGUUCGACUUGUCUAGAUCAGAUGUGGAAACGAUACGGAGGAAGACGUUCUACAUGAUGGAGAACAAGAUAAACAACGCUGCUGCAAGUAGUACUGCUACUGGCACUUUCAACACGGCUGCGCAGGACAACUACAGUGCUUCUUCAUCUAUGAACCCCUUCAAUAUCAACCACAACAAUUUGACCAUGACCACUUCGAUUGCGAGUUUUUUGUUUGACUGCUGCUUCUUGAAGUUCGAAGGGUCGCUUGUGAAUGGCCCACUGCGUGUAGCACCGGUACUGCCUCUCAAGCGGUUUUUAGAGGAGGAUCCGAGUAGGAUUGCUUGGGGAGAGCUGUUGCGUCAAGACGAUUACAUCAUGCAGAGGCUGCACAGAGAGCAAAUGAUGGAGGACCAACAGCAAUCAAUGUUGGCAACGUCGUCACAAGUAGUGCCGAACCUUUCGGGCAGUAGUGCGGAUGAGCCAACUUCGAAUUCCUCUUCUAGCAGGAUGUGUUGUAUUCCUGUAGAUCAACCACGCUCGCGACCGCCAAACGUUGAUAUGAACAAAAACGUCUGCGUCAUCUGCAUGACGAAUCGUGUUAGUGCGACCUUCGUGCACCCACCCACUGGACAUAAUGUCUGCUGCUUGUCGUGCGCGAACCGGUUAUUCGAUAGUGACGCGCCGUUUUGUCCGGUUUGCCGUUUGCCGAUUGCGUGUGUGGUGGAGACGUUUGGAGCUGCUAGCUUGCUCUGAGUUAGUUCGAUUCGCGUUUGUUGCGCUUGAGUUGAACGAUUUUUCCCCUGUUUCGCAUUGUAUUUUAUGAUGUCCUCGUACAGCAUAUUUUUAUUGCAUAGAAGAUGUUGAUCCUAUCGACUAAUGAAUUGAAGUAUGAACAGAAAUAUCAAUGAACAGUAACAGUAUCAGUACUACCACGUUUUGUAAACUAUACUAGUGCUUCAAUCAAAAUCAUGCAUCAACAAUAUAAUAACGAUAACUACGCACAAAGAGAGUUAAGUACAUUAGUUUUGGUUUUGAUAAAAUGAAUACUUUUUUCUUUUACACCGAGGAUACCUAAUCCGUCCUCGUGUUGACCUCGACGUCACAUGUUUGUUCUUGCGGCCCUACUUAGGUAGCACCAUCUUUGCUGGGCUGUGCAGCUUGCUAGCCGUGUAGUACGCGAUUAUUCUCGUUUUUCAUCUACUUAGAUACAACUAGUCGUACAGUCUCGGCCGCGUCUACCUUUAUUUACAUCUCGUCUUCUGACAACAUGUAUGCAUCCAUCUUUCUUGCUGUGCUAGUGAUGACAGGAGAAAGCUCAAGUGACAUUUUUUCCAGUAAUAUUAGUAAUGUCACUCUUCACCAGUCGCAUAUUGUUGUUGUUGCGAUUGUAUGUGUAAAAAAAUCAUAUUGAGAUUUGCAUUUGUCUGCUUGUCGUGUAAAAGUUGACUUCUAUGAGGAACAUAUCCUAGUAUUCGAAUCCAACUACAGGAGCCUGUACUAAAAGC